AUGUCUUCACCUCGGCGUCACGCUGACGGCCAAGCCCAGGAGUGCUCGACUCUGCCCUCCUGCCUUCAACAAAUGCGCGCAUGUGCGUUCUCCUUUCUCGCCAUAGCUAUUCUGAUCGUCCCCGCUGCCCAUCUCCUCCCCUUUCCCCACUUCCCGCACCUCCCGCACCUCCCGCACCUCCCGCACACUGGAUUGGGGACAUUCCUCACCGUGGACAACGCCUGGUCGCUCACACUCCCCGCGCCUUCGCCUCCGCCUGGAUUAGCAAUCACGCGCGCCGGAAGUGACAGCUCUCAGCAUGCGUCGACUGUUGAGGCUCUGGUUGCUGCCCCUCCUCCCACCCCUCCUCCCACCUGCCUUCCCUGCCCUGCCCCGACAAUGUUUUGUCUUGAUUGGCAACACCAUUGA